ACUUCCCCAAAGCUCAGAGCCUGUGAGGUCGCCUCCGUCUGGGUCCCUGUGCCAAUUCUGCUUUGCUCACCGAUGCAGGAAACCGAAGAGCUCGACAGGAAAAUCUGCAAGAUUUCAGUCAUCACAUUUUCACAAUUCACUAUGAAACUGGGUGUGUCUGUUUCAGAGGAUAAAUCAACUGCGUUCAAACACAUGGCCUGAACACAAACAGAUGAGUCUUGGGCUCAUGCACCCCAACAGACAGAAGAACACCUUCUCUGACAUGUCAACGUGACUUCAAAUCCUCACGAGAUCUGCAGACGUAUGCAAAGCAGACAGGCUUGUUGGGUUUCGCCUGCAUGGUGAUGUUGGCUUUAAUAACACGACGGGCUGGACUUUGGCCCAUCUGUAGGCCGACAGGUGAUCUUACGAAGGGCCGUUUCUCUGUUUUACUGGAUUAAACCCUGAUUCUCUCCAUGGCAUCGUUUGGAGGAUGCUGGUGUGACGAUUACUAAGGAAAUAUGGAUGUUUUUAGACUGGGUCUUUUUCUUCUGAUCACCGUGGCAGGAGUGUCCGCGGAGCUCCAGCCGCUGAAUGCCGCGGUGCUUCGUGGUUCCGAGGCUCGGUUCAACUGCAGCAGAACUCUGACCUCGUCUGUCAUGACCUGGACAGUCAACGGAGUCUUGGUUGUCACCAUUACAGAAGCAUCUGGAGUGCUGAACCCCACAGAACGUUUCUCUGUCACAAAUUUCACCACGCCUGGAAAUUACAAAUGGGAGUUUACAAUUCGCAACGUGCAGAGAAACGAUACUGAAGUCGGCUGUCAGUUAACGAACGAAGGGAUUCAGAGAGCCACUCUGUCUGUGCAAGAGCGUGGCAGCGUCGAGAUCGUUGGUGGAAAUCAGACUAAAGCGGAGGGAGCCCAGGCGGACUUCCAGUGCCGGGCCGUGGGCUGGUUUCCCGAGCCCAGCAUGUCCUGGUCCGUUAAUGGAGCGGAGCAAUCCUGCAACAGAAGCUCUGUGACGGAGGGAAGUGUGUUUAACUCCAGCUGCACGUUGACGGUCACUGCCAUCAGAAACUCUUCUGUUCAGUGUCUGGUCACGAUCCCUGCCCUGCUCACGCCGGAGAGCAACACGGCCUUUCUGACCGUCAAUAAGAUCACUAAAAGAGACCAGACAGUGUUGAUCGCGAUCACUGUUGCCUUCAGUGCUGCUGCUCUGUUGUUUCUAAUCAUCUAUGGAAUCGUUUUCUUCUGCCUUAGAAGAAAGAAAAAAUCAGGCUAUCAAGAGGAGAUCAAGAGGGCACAAGUCCAGGCCCAGAACAGGACGCCUGCCUCACAAAAUGUGCGAGGACGGGACAACCGAGGAUAUAUUACAGAUGGACAUGAUGGACACACUACCGACGGAGUCUGGUUUACAAACUUUAACAGACCUCAGAAUCUUGAUGAGUUUUUUGAAGAAGGUCCCAGGAAGCACAGGCACAUGACCCUCGUAUAGAGACUGCUGGGAUUCGCAGAAAGCAGAUGUUCUGGCUUUCUUCUCUCUUGUGCAUCAAAUCCUCAUUUUAGGUUUAAUUACAGAAGAAAGAAAGCUCGAGGGACUCCAUAUCAGCACCUGGACUGGAUUAUUUAUUGCAACGCAGAAGCGUUUUCUCAGUGAUCUCAGACUUUCCGACCCCACUGAAUACUGUAUAUUUUUACCAACAGUGUAUGUUUGACAUAAUGAGCUGACAUAUUUCCAUAUUUAACAGAUAACAUGAUCAAAAUAAGUGUGGUUGAGAGGUUGGUUAUCAGUGUCUGAUUCGUCAUAUGAACAAAGUAGAUCAGAUUUAGUGUUGCAUGUGCACAAUGCAUCAGAUGCGUGCAUUCCCACAGCAGGUUUGUUUGAAUCAUCCAUUGAACAUCCUGUUUUCUCCAGAAUUAUAAAAUCAUCAGCAUAUGGCACAACACAACACACCCCGUGAGAGAUUUGCUUCCUGUUUUUGGAGCUGCUUACAAUAACACCAAAGAUUUUUUCAUGUGAAGUGUUUAGAGAGGACCAUCUUAUGUGACACAUCACGCUUCACGGAGCACGAUGCGGUUAAAGAAUUAAUCCAAACCACUGAUCUUUAACUCCCCGCAGGAGAAAACUGCUUAAACUGCUCAAUUACAUUAUUUAUACAGGGAAGUGUCAUCAAACGGAUUGGAACUAUAUGGCAUAUCACUUCAAAAUAAGAAAUUCAGAUUAAAUUUACUAAGACCUUGUUGUAGUUUUCACCACAUUUCUGCAGCACUAAAAUCCAUAAAAUGAUUUAUAAGGAUUUUAAACAACUGUUUUAAAAACCUAUAGGUAUAAUUAAUGUGAUGCAAAAAUGGGCGUUGCACAAACCUUGUUUUUGGCUCUUAUUGUUUUAAGCUUAAAUCUCAGAAAAUGUUAUUAGAUUUAUGUUUAAAACGCAAAAAAAAAAAUGCCAGUGAGAUAUGUUUACCUCAAUUUUUAUCUAAUUCAAGAUAUGCCCUUUAAUAUCUCACACUGGUUUUAUUUUUGCUUCUCGGGAUGUUUGGAUAUUUUAUUCUGGAAAUAAAGACAAAAUCCUGAUUAAAAUCCUCAAAAUUAUAUUUAACUAAUUAUAUUUUGUCUGAUAGAUACCAUAUUUAUGUGAGAAUGGUUCUUAGCAAUAAACACAUUUUUGUACAUUUA